CUGGGACAGCGCUUCCGGUGACGACACAACGCGUGCUCCAUGCUAAGAGUUUCGUUUGCGGCAAGGUUUUGCGACCUAAAAACCCAAGUCACUGUUUUACGGCAAACAACAAAUCCAAGUCCAACAAAGGUGAGGUACUAGGUCAGUGUGUUAUGCUGAUUGGCUGCUGGGAUGAUCCAACCAAUAUCUUGUGAUGUUACGCGACGCUACGUUGGAUAUUUCUAAUUGUACACACCUAUGGUACGAAGUAUGAUUGCAUUUAGAGAGAUUUCGUCAUUGUAUUUACGAUGUCCGCAUCCGAGAUUAGCUUACAGUUUGCGACACAUCUCAAUCUCAAGAACAACUUUACAGAAUCAUUAUGAUGUUUUAGGCAUUUCCAAAAAUUCUAGCAGAGAUAUUAUCAAAGAAGCAUAUUUUAAAAAAUCAAAAUUGUUACAUCCAGAUGCGAAACCGAGCGAUCCAUCUCAACAUCAAAAAUUUAUUGAACUCACUAAUGCCUAUUCGGUUCUCAGUAAACCGUUGAGUAGACGAGACUACGAUCUUGAACUUCAGGGAGUUAGGGUGUCACCUUACAGAGUUCAUGUACAUAGGACUUCUACAUCACAUCCUUUCGGCUCCACCGGCGAAUACGCCAGCCAUGAUUACUAUGGCUUCUCAAAUGAUCCCAAUGUGGGGGUACAUUAUUAUGGGAUUAAAGGAAUUAGAAAAGUGUCAAAUAUGACAAUAAUGAUUGGUUGUGUUAUCCUCUUAGUCGUCAGCGCUUUGGGACAUUUCAUACUGCUCCAUUAUGGUGCUCAGUUCACAGCUCGGCAGUUGGAUGAAAGAGACAGAAAAAUCAGCAAAAUUUACAGUGAAGUCAAACGAAGAGCAAGGGAAAAUGGACCCAAGAAGCAGAUGGAACUGUUAAGACAAAACUAUGAAGAAUUUCAUAGAAAGAAGAAUAAGAAAAUACAAGAGGGUUCUAGUGACCCAUAAAUUAUCUAUAUGUGAUGUCUCUAAUGCAUCAGUGAACUUUGUGUAAUGUUGACUCUGAUAUCUUAAUAUACCACAGUGACCCUCAAGUUGUGUACUCAAUGAUUCAUCUCAGUUUAUGUUAUUCCAUGAGAUGAACAAAAUUCUGCCAGACUGACAAUUUGCCUUUAUGCUAAUGUCCGGAUUUUUUAAUUUAUUGCUGUAGCAUUGCAUAUUUUAUGGUGAAGUUUUUGAUUUUUAAAUGGUUGGGUAUUUGGAAUUUAUAUAAAGAAGAUAUUGCUAUCAAUCAGUGCAAAUUCUAUUCCAAAAUGUAUCAAUAAUGCAGUAUUCAGAGAUAUUGGACAAUGGCAAUGCAUGAUUAGUUAUUCAGC